AGCUAGUGGUAGAAUGUCCUUUUGCCGAGGAACACACAAUUCGCUCUUCCCUCCCAGCUGAUGUGUUGUGCUUAUUAUUACUACUCCUAACUACGAGAAGCAGAAGGCCGCGCCCGACCCGACGGAGGAGACGAAGACGAAGCCGCAGUGCAGGUCAAGAGCGUAAAGGCGCCAGAGAUCUGUGCUCUUCUUCUCUCCGGGAGCCAUCUGAAUUGGGAGCGGCACAAGGCGCGCACCGGUGGCGGCAGCAGGAGAGGAGAGAAGGGGAGCAGGAGCAGGAGGAGGAGGCGGAGGGCAAUGCCCCUGACGCGGCACAAGGUCGCCAACGAGUACUCGCUCGGCGGCCGCGACCUCUACCGCCGGGCCGACCAGCACGACCCCGAGGCCCUCCUCGAUGGCGUCGCCAUGGCCGGCCUCGUCGGCGCCCUCCGCCAGCUCGGCGACCUCGCAGAAUUUGCUGCACAGGUGUUCCAUGGUCUAUCCGAUGAGGUGAUGACAGUGUCUGCACGAGGGCAUGGGCUCAUGCUCCGGGUGCAGCAGCUGGAGGCAGAGUUGCCACUCGUGGAGAAAGACUCUUGUCAUGCAGACUAUCUGUAUAUUGCAUCUAACAGGGGAAUAUAUUGGCAUUCGAAUCUGAGGUUGGACAAUGGGGUUGUGACAAAAGGAGACACUCCUCGCUUCAUCAUGGACUCCAUCAAGCAGUGUCACGGGCCUCCCAAAUUGUUCAUGCUUGAUAAGUAUGACAUUGGUGGUGAGGGAGCUUGCUUGAAGAGAUACACUGACCCAUCCUUCUUCAAAACAGAUUCUGCGUGUUCUAGCAUGCUAGAGCAAGGAAUUCAAAGAGAAAGAAGACCUCUUAGAGCUAUGGAGAUCAGGCCCAUUCUGCAGAAUUCUGAGAUUUUCAGACCUCCUAAUGCAGCCAAUAAUGACUCCAAAUUGGAGACAGAUUUGUCUGGUAAAGCUCUGGACAAAGUCCCAACAGGGCGCCGUCAACUGAAGUACCGACAACUAAAUGGAUCUCUGUCCCAAAGCUUCAGACAACAGGUGCAGAAUCUUUACAGAGAAACUUCACCAGAUGAGAAACCCUGCUCCAUGAACCAUUCAGAAGUGCAGAUAUCUUUCACUGACUCACCUGACACUAACACUGAAGAAAGGGAUAUCAUGGUAGACACUUUCAGUAGCAUGGACAAAAGCAGAGAAGACAACUACGUGAUGCAUGGCAACAACAGAUCAAUCCCUGAAGAAGCACUGUCUCGUUCUUCAGAUGCUAGGUCAACAGGAAGGAGCAAGGGAUACAACUCUGAAGUUGACAUCUACGUGGACGCUCUCACCACAAUGGAUUCUGAGGUGGAGACAGACACAGAGAACAGAGAUCAUGGACAUGUCUUUGAACCUGUUGAGUCCAGCAAAUCGUGCUCCGAUGUUCAUGUUGUUGUGGUUUCGGGGUCUAUUAGCUUCAGGAACAAUGGCUCAACGGUGCCUAACUCUGAAGAUGUUGUUCCAGCAAAGGAAGAAAAAGAUGAUCACCAUCAAGAAUAUGUCUGUAUCCCUUCACCACAGGCCAAACCUGUGUCUGGUGAACAUGAGAGGAGAAGCUCGCUGGAGGAAUUGUUUGCGCAAGAAAGGCCAGUAUAUUGUGAGCAUGAGAGAACUAGUUCUGUGGAGGAAUUGCUCGUUGGAGAUGUUCAUGCUUCGGAGCCUAACAUGAGGACGUCAGCUACUGAAUCAAACACUAAUGGCUCUGUCAGCAGUGCUGCAACAAAUGAUGCACUUGGCACUAUAAAGAAAGAAAAGGAUAACCUCAGCAUUGCAGCCAUUUCCUUCAAGAAGACAGCGAGUAAGCAAUCAAAGUAUGUGGGCGGCAUGGAACUUAUUGCUUCAAAAGUGGGCAUUUUGCCGAGGAAACUCUCCAAGAAGCAGGAUCUGUUCUCUGAUUCCCUCCGGAACAUGGCCAAGCAGUUGCUGGAGCUGAAGAUUAAUAGCACCGAAGAGACUGAGUUAUAUGAAUUUGAAGCAAAUGGUGAUGGAUGUGAUAUGAAGUGUUUGGAAAUAUCUCGCCCUCCUAUUAAAAUUAUGGAGAAUGCCAUGCAAACUUUUCCUUCUGAUUCACCUCAAGAUAAUAUUGAUUCAAGAAAAUGCAAAGCAGAAGAAGUGAACCAAGAAUAUGACCAUGAUGUUCCACCAAGUGAUAGUCCCCAAGAUUCAGUUGAUGGACAUGCAUUUCAGGACAUUGCAUUGCUGAGUUCUCAAGAGGAACAACAAUGUGCAGGUGCUGUAACUGAUAACAAAUUGUUGGAUCAUACACCAGAACAUACUCAAGAUAAGAUUGAAAAUAUUUAUACUGAAGUUGUUCCUGAAAAUGCCUCUGAUGUAAGUGAAGAAUUGAAAGAGGGCAGUAUUUCUGAAGGGAAUGUGAAUGAGGAAGAUGCCGAGGAAAGCAACAAAUUGUUGGAUCAUACACCAGAACAUACUCAAGAUAAGAUUGGGGAACAUCUUUAUAGGGAAGUGACUGAAAAUAUUUAUACUGAAGUUGUACCUGAAAAUGCCUCUAAUGUAAGUGAAGAAUUGAAAGAGGGCAGUAUUUCUGAAGGGAAUGUGAAUGAGGAAGAUGCCGAGGAAAGCAACAAAUUGUUGGAUCAUACACCAGAACAUACUCAAGAUAAGAUUGGGGAACAUCUUUAUAGGGAAGUGACUGAAAAUAUUUAUACUGAAGUUGUUCCAGAAAAUGCCUCUGAUGUAAGUGAAGAAUUGAAAGAGGGCAGUAUUUCUGAAGGGAAUGUGAAUGAAGAAGAUGUCGAGGAAAGCAACAAAUUGUUGGAUCGUACACCAGAACAUACUCAAGAUAAGAUUGGGGAACAUCUUCAUAAGGAAGUGACUGAAAAUAUUUAUACUGAAGUUGUUCCAGAAAAUGUCUCUGAUAUAGGUGAAGAAUUGAAAGAGGGCAGUAUUUCUGAAGGGAAUGUGAAUGAAGAAGAUGUCGAGGAAAGCAACAAAUUGUUGGAUCGUACACCAGAACAUACUCAAGAUAAGAUUGGGGAACAUCUUCAUAGGGAAGUGACUGAAAAUAUUUAUACUGAAGUUGUUCCAGAAAAUGUCUCUGAUAUAGGAGAAUUGAAAGAGGGCAGUAUUUCUGAAGGGAAUGUGAAUGAAGAAGAUGCUGAGGAAAGCAACAAAUUGUUGGAUCAUACACCAGAACAUACUCAAGAUAAGAUUGGGGAACAUCUUCAUAGGGAAGUGACUGAAAAUAUUUAUACUGAAGUUGUUCCAGAAAAUGCCUCUGAUAUAGGUGAAGAAUUGAAAGAGGGCAGUAUUUCUGAAGGGAAUGUGAAUGAGGAAGAUGCCGAGGAAAGCAACGAGUCCGAUAUAUAUGCAUUGGAUGAAGAAACUGAGUACAUAGAAGGGCAAGUGGUUUCAGAUGAUUUGGUUUCCUCACCAAUUUCAUCCAAUCAAUCUGACGAUCCUUGCCAGAUAACACCACUCGCUCUUUCAGAUGCAGAUGAUACAGUGGCAGGUAAAAGCGCAGACAAUGACAUCUCUGGAAUGCAUAUAACAUUGUCAGGAACAAUCACAGAAUCCGAUGUAUCUACAGUGGUUGUUGAAUCAGUUACAACAAAUGAUGUGGCCAUGCAUCAUAAUGAACAGUGGUGUUUACAUCCAGAAACUACACUGCCACAAGAUUUAACUCCUGUCAACAACUGUGAGGUUGUAGGCCAGAAUGAGCCAUUACCACUGUGCAGCUCAUCCAUGGUGGGUGGAACUCCAGAUCUGUCUGUAGACAGUGAGGAAAUGCAUGAAAAUCCCAAUAUGUGCAAUGACAACAGUACUAAUUUGUUCAGAGAUGCACUAGCUCCAGACUCUAAAGAUGUACCAUUACCAAACAUCUCAAGUUUUGAUUGGAUGCUUAAUGGUGUAAUGCAGAAGUCGUUGAAUGUGCUUCCUGCUAAAACACAUAUUGAAAUUUUACAUGAAAAUUAUUCUUCUGAAGAUACUGAAGAUGCACCACCACCGCUUCCACCUCUCCCGCCGAUGCAAUGGAGAGCAACAAAGCUUCAGCGAGGGUCCGCACCUUUAUCUGCAAAAUUUGGAAAACCACCAAGACCAAAACCUCCAGUUAAGUGCCAAGAAAAUGAGAGUUACUCCUCACAGGACAAAAGAAAUCAAGAUCUUCAGGAAGUAAGUCUGCAGAAUGGUUUGACUCCCGUCACUUUAGAGGAGGAAAUGGUAGUGGCAACUGUUUCUAAUGAGGUUCAGAAAAAUACAAUCACUGGUGGAGAUUCGGAAGAAAGCCACCUCAAAAGACUCAAUGAGUAUGAUGUGCAGGUUUCUAAUCCAUUUUCUGCAUCAGAAUACAAGAGCGUGGGAGUUCCUUCAGUAGAAGGUGACAGUCUGGAAACUUCGCAGUUAUCUGAGCUUAUAGUAAUUCCAGAAGAGACAUGGUCUGAGCUUGUGGAUGUAAAAUCAAUACCUGGACAAGAGAAAGGAGCAAAACACCAGCUUAGCACUGGAGUUUUUGAUUGCUAUGGCAUGCAUGCUAAUAGUUUGUCAACAGAAAAUAGAGAUCAGUACAAAGGAUAUGAUCAAAAGAAAAAGGAAUUUUCAGCUGAGGAAAGCAAUACAAUCGCAGAUUCAUUGGAAAAGAAACCAAAUGGAGUUACUCCUGAUACACAGAAUCCUGACUUUUCAGUCCAAAAGGAAGACAGAGAAUAUGGUAGUUAUGGCACGGCAAGGGAGUUGUCUUCAUCAGAAGAGGCAGUAGCAAAAUUAUCGCCACACAGAGUGCCAGAACCACCUAAAUAUCCCCAACUCCAAGUUACUUCUCAUGAUAGAAGCAUGCUAAAAAAGGCCCCCACUUUGGUUCCUUCUAUUAAGCUUUUAGACGAGAAGAGCACAAUAUGGGGCCAGAUAAAGAACAAGUCUUUCAACUUGAAGCCGGUUCUUGCAAAGAGACCAAACGUGAUGGGUGCUCCAAGAACCAACUUGCAAGUAGUGGCUAUCCUGGAGAGGGCUAACGCGAUUCGCCAGGCUGUUGCUGAUGACGAUGAUGAGGAUAGCUGGAGUGAGUAGCUGAUUCCUCAGAGCAUGCAGUUCGCCCCAUGAUGUUUCUUCACAUGGUCUGUGGUGUUCAUGCCAUCAUGGACUUGUGUGUUCUGCUCUAGCAAACUGUGGAAUGAACUACAGGGUAUCGUCUGAUCAAGAAGCUUAAUCUCUCCUAUGAAGUUCAUGCCAGGAAGAUGCAGCAUGUACAUAGUGUAUCUACUUUUUGUCGCUUUCCGGCCCAUCAUGUGUUUAUGCUGCCCCAUUUGGAACAGGAAUUUCAUAGGGAUUUCACUUAGAACAAUUGGAAUUCCGUUGAAAUCCAGAGAAAUUCCCUCCUUCCAAACAUGUUAUUGUCUUUGUCGAUGAGCCUCCAGCUGCAAUUUGAUGCACGGUUAGGUUAGGAUUGUAUAUGCCUGAUGAGUUCUUUAAGGUGCUCCAUCUUACCUCUGUAGACCAUUGAUUAUUAAUGAUACUUUUGUAAUA